AUGCUAGUUGUCAGCCCCAACCAAGCUCGUUCCCGCAUCGCCCGCCCAGGCGACCCCCGGAGAAACACCCGGUGCCCGAAACUCCCCCCCCUGUCGACCGCAAAUGUCGCUGACUACCACCGCAAUGUAGCGGCUGUCCGCAAGGGGGAAGCCAGGCAACUCACGACUGCACUCGACAAAACCGACUCGAUUCGCGAAUUGCGUCUUCAAUGCAUUGCCAAGUCAACCCAAUUCAAAUCGUCAACUACAACUCUGCGGGAGAAUAAGCGAGCCGGGACUACCGCACUCAAUCUAUUCAGAGCGGUUGGUCAAAUGUUGGAUUCACUCAUGCCUCGAGUAAGCACUAAAUUAUUCCGGAGGACGGCGCUCGCUCCACAGGACCCGGGAGAAUACUUGUUCAUUGAACUCGUCCCAGACAAUUGA